GAAGGAUGGGUCAAGCCUUGCUGCUGGCUGUCUUGCUGCCGUCUCCCGCCCAGCUAAACCGCUCGCCGGAAUUGUCGCCGCCGACGUCGAUUGCGCUGGCGGCAGAAGCGGCAGGAGUAUCGGGAGCGGCUAUAGCAGCGGCGGGAGAGUCGGCGGGAACGCGCUCGCUUUGCCCUGACGGAUCAACGCCAGCGUGCAUUCGUUCGGUGGCAGAGAACAAUGUCGCUGGAGAACUAAUCGGAGAUGAUGUGGCCUGGCUCGGUAUUUACCAGCACGACACGAGCCGAGAGCCUGCGGAGGGAUGGGGAAGAUGCGUCGACGGGGAGGUGCCAUCCUUCACCAACUGGGCGGCUGGGGAGCCCAACAAUUGCGCCACAAAGGCACCCGAGGAUUGCGCCGUCAAGGAGGGCCAAGAAGGGCAGUGGGGUGACAGGCGAUGCAAAGGGGGCGAGUACGCCUGCCUGUGCGCAACGUCGUCGUCAACCGUCUCGGACAACUUCGAACAGGACCUCGUAAAGCUCGAGGCCAACCUGGAGGCGCGGUUGCGUGAAAUUCGGGUGACAGUGUCGGUGGUCUACUCCGUCGCUGCUGUCAUCAGCUUGCUGCCUACGCUCCUGGUGGUCGGGCUCUGCCUUCGCCGGCAAUCCCGUUCAUCUGUGGCUGGCGUUCCAACAACGAGCACGCACGAGCAGGCCUUAGUGCGGAUGGCGCGCCGGCUCCGCCAGGCGAGUCGCUCGGCGGCGUGGCGGCGGCUGCAGGUCAGCGGUGCGAUGGGGCAGGUUGGGUGGGCGCUCGUCGUGUAUGGGAUCUUGCCAGCGGCAAUGGCCGCCGCGGGGACCCCGAUCGACAAUGUUGUGGGAGAAAAAGACUACUGGUGUAUUUCGGUCAGGUUGGGUUUCUUUCUGGGCCUGCUCGCCCUCUUCCCCACCGACGAGCGCGCGAUUCGCACAAUAUGCGCUAUCUUCGUCGCCUUCUACAUGGGUCUCGCGUACGAUAACGCUCUUCGCUGCAUAGAAGUUGGCAGGCACGAAGGUAGCUUUCACGGACGGGUUGGCAGAUUCGAGUGCCAACGCUUCUUUCUUCCUAAGAUCGUGGCGCACCUUAGCGCGGCCGCAGCGCUCGCCGCCACGCUGCCAUGUGGCGGCUGCAAACACCUGCCAAUCAUGCAGCCACGCCAAGCGCUGCAGCGUAUGUGGGCUGUCUUGCGCCUACACUCCGCCUGCUAUGGGAUGCUCUCCGUUGGCUUUUAUUCCACUGUGCUUGCCUACCACCCACAUUGGUCUGGUGCCGGACUGCUGCCAGUCCGCUCGGCUUGGAUCGGUCACAUCAUUUUGGGGCUCGUCUCCGUCGCGAUCGCCGCUAUUGCGACUCCCGCCAACCGUGGCCGGGUGACUCGCUGGCUGGGACGAGUUGGUGGCCGCGGUAGCGAGGCAGAGGAGGCGGCAGCCAUCGCGGCGCUCGUCGGACGUGCCAACCCGGAGAGAGCGCUCGCGGACGCAGAGGCGCUCUUCCGCUGCCUGCCGGCCAGCCGCCUCACUGCCAAAGAUCUGGCUAGUUCCGGGGCCACUGACACGCGACGCACCUCACCCGUCUCGACGCCCGCCGCCUCGGACCUUGCAGCGAAGUCGAUUCCGGCGCGGCUGGGUGAGGUCACUGCGUUCCUGAGUCAUAGCUGGAAGGACGAGGAAGAGGUCCCCGGUGCCAAGUACGCGGUGAUUGCGCAUUGGGCGCAUUGCCAGCGGCGCGAAACGGGGCACGAACCCACGCUGUGGCUAGACAAAGCCUGCAUUGACCAGACCAACAUUGAUCAAGCGCUCACGUGCCUGCCAAUCUUCCUCGCGGGCUGCCAGAGGCUGCUCGUUGUGGCGGGGCCGACCUUCUGCCGCCGCCUCUGGUGUUUGCUCGAGAUUUUCACGUUCCUCCGCAUGGGAGGCUCCGCGGAGCGGAUCGAGGUCCUACUCAUUGCCGAUCCGCGCAAGGAUCCAACCCAGGGGCAGGCAGAGCUCACGGCGACGUUUCAGAAUUUCGACGCGGCCAAGGCGGAGUGCUUCUUGCCCAAGGACCGCGAGCGGCUUCUGGCGGUGAUCGAAGCGGGCUUCGGCGACGUUCGUGAAUUCAACAAGAUCGUGCGCCGCAUAUUUGCCCGCGCGCAUCCCGACACCACCGUGCUUAGUCAGGCAGUGGAGCCGACGCUGGUGGCGGCACGGUGGCUUGCCCUGGACCCGCACAUGCAAAGGCUGCUCGCUCGCAGGCUCUCCGUCUUAGCCAUGGCCGGCACCGGUUCUUCCGCCAGCGCGCUGCCGCAGCUGGAGCGCUUCGAGAGGGCGCUCUCGUCGGUCGACAUCGCCGUGGAGCCGCGGGCCGCAGAGGGUGGAAUCGGAGGUGGGACCGAGGUGUCCAGUUUGGACCCCUUGGUGCCCGCGCUGCCGACGAGCGGCGAUGGGACGAUCGACGCUGCGAGGGAGGAUGAGGAGGAGUGGGCUGCGGCGGCGGCGGCCUACCGGCAGGUGUGCCCGGUGCGGCGAGAGGUGGCCGUGUUCGAGGAGUACAGGCGCCAGGCAGCUGCUGAGGGCCGCGCAGCAGCAGAGGCAGCGGCGGAGGCGGAGAUGGAGGAGGAGGAGCCCGAAACGGGCAGCGGGGAGGCUGCGGCAUUGGCCGCGCCCCUGCGCGGCCUGGCGUCUGCGCCAGGCUGCGCUGGCACAACGGACACCCCUGACAGGGUCACUUCUUCUUUCGACACUCUCCGCCCCGCUUGCAACGCGACAACGGCUUCAUCAUCUUCAUCAGCGGCCUUCAUCCAUGCCUACCGGCCUCCUGACCCUUUGAGUGUCGGGCCUUGUUGCGUGAUAUGCGCCCGCGGAUACGCCACAAUCUGGCCCGCCAAUUACGACGAACGCUGCCUCCUCGACGGGGCAGCGAUUCGGCUGCUGGCGUCGGCGAUGGCGACGGUGCGGGCGUAUGAGGACAUCGAGGCGCGUCGCGGCCGGGCUGGUGGCGAUGUCCGGGACGUGCGCUGCUGCCGGGACGUGCGCUCCUGGGCGGAAGUCUGCGCGGCGGCUCGCGAGAGGGAGUUCAAGAUCUUGGCUCGCGAUUCGGAGAAGGCGAGGAAGGGGCGGCGCGCUGCAGAGGCGGCGGGCGAGCCGGAGGUGGCACCAUCGCCGGCGCCGCCGCCGGUGUUCAAGACGCUCAGGGAGAAGAAGUCGGCUCAGGCGUCGGCGGAGGGCUGGGCGGCGGAGGUGGCGAGGGCCGAGGAGCUCUACGAGGAGCUGCGCGAGCGCGCGCCCCAGCACUGCCGCCGUGGCGGCAAGUGGGCGCGCGAGAAGUUCGUGAUGGCGGUGCAGGGAGAGCUCCCACGCGCGCGAGGGGCAGGCGUUCCCAAGGGGACGAUCCUGUGCCUCGGCAGGGUGCUCGACGCGCACGAUGAGCAGGAUGACGCGGAGGGUGGGCGCCGGGAUUGGGAGGAGGACCCGCUCGGGUUCGACACCAACCCGGGGCUGCUCCGCGCCAUCGGGUGUGACGUCCUGCGCGUCGGACUGCUCGGCUUUGUCCUUGGUGGAGUCGCAGUCUGCUGCUUGUGCGGCCACGGAGUGGCGAUCUGGCAGGCGAGACGCCACGGCGGCGGCGACGGCUUGACCCGCAUAAUGGUCGCUCUCGCCGCGCUUGGACUCGUCAUGGAGCUCUUUGCCGUCGGCUACACUGCGGGCGUGCUCGGCGAGAAUAACCGCUGGGACCUUUGGCCGCUGCUGCUGUUUGCGACCCUCUUCCUGCUCGCGUUUGCGGCGCUCCUCGUGUGGUGGGUGCAGCGGGCGCGGCGGAGAGGGGGCAAGGUUGGCAGCGGCGCCGCAACCGCGCUGUAGAGAGAGGCGCGAGCGGAGCCUCGUUGUGUACUCUGCCGUGGACCGCCAUGUGCCAUGAUCUGUGAGCUCUGUGAUCUGUAAGGGUCCGCCCGCAGGCGCAUUUUGUAGACCGAGGCGGUGCCCGGUGCCGAGCGCAGGCAGAGCCCACAGAUCGGACCUUAGGACAGCAUUGUAGAUCCCUGGGCGAGGAUGGUGGAGGGGGCCGCAUGUGCCUGCAUGAAGUGCAGUGUCAGGCGGGGCGGCUGAGACGCCCUCUACGGCUUUAAGGUAAGGUAAGGUAAACGUCUCCACACAAACAAA